UUAUUAAUGCACACACCUCUCGUCUGCUCUCUCGCAUUCAGACAGGGCCAUCUCUCCAUGGUGGUGCAGUUAAUGAAGUACGGCGCUGAUCCUUCUCUCAUCGAUGGCGAGGGAUGCAGUUGUGUGCACCUGGCCACUCAGUUUGGACACACCUCCAUUGUGGCUUAUCUCAUUGCCAAAGGACAGGAUGUGGAUAUGAUGGAUCAGAAUGGCAUGACCCCUUUGAUGUGGGCGGCUUAUCGGAUGCACAGUGUUGACCCGACACGGCUUUUGCUGACGUUUAACGUGUCGGUGAAUCUGGGUGAUAAGUAUCAUAAGAACACGGCUCUGCACUGGGCGGUUCUGGCUGGAAACACUACCGUCAUCAGCCUGCUGUUGGAGGCCAAUGCUAAUGUCGACGCUCAGAACAUCAAG